AAGACAUCUAUGCAUGGACCUUGCAUACUUCCAUGGCCGAUCACAUCUGGCCUCUCACCCACCGCCACUUGUGUUCCCAGAUGAGCUUAACGAACGUCGGAAACCAUACCGGGGUGUUACUUCUAGCAAUGCUAUGGCUGCGAAGUAUGUUGUAUAAGGUUACCUUUGCUCCUCGUUACUAUCUACCUAAGCAUCUCCCAAGAUAGUAUUCCCAACAACAAGGCAACAUGUCUGAGUCGUCGAAAAACAUCAACGAAAAGUCCUCCGGGCUUGAUGGCGCAACAGUCGUGGAGAGCCAACCAGUCCAACCUGAUGUCGACUUUGACGAAGUCUAUUCGCGUGAAGAGCAGCGGAAAAUCAUUCGUCGUGUUGACAAUAGGCUGAUCCCCGUACUCGGUUCCCUCUACGUCAACUCACUCAUAGACCGAGUGAACAUAUCAUCAGCAGCUAUCGAUGGGUUAGACGACGACCUCCAACUCCAAGUGGGCUCUCGCUACUCUAUUGUAAUCCUGAUCUUCUUCAUAACCUACACCCUUUUCCAACCCCUCGGCACCAUCGUAACGAGGAAAUUCGGACCGAGAUGGUUUCUAUCAUCUCUGUGCAUGACUUGGGGCGUCUGCAUGAUCGGGAAUGGCUUCAUUAAAUCGUGGGAGGGUCUCGUGGGGUUGCGGGUAUUGAUGGGUAUCCUCGAGGCCGGUUAUUUCCCCGGCGCGGUCUACCUUAUGAGUACUUGGUACACCCGCUUCGACAUGCAGAAGCGUUACGUGGCAAUGUACGGCACGGGCUGCCUAGCAGGCGCCUUCGGAGGCGUCAUGGCCUACAGUCUUUCACAAAUGGAGGGUAUUGCGGGCCUACGCGGCUGGAGGUGGAUCUUCAUCAUCGAAGGAAUCAUCUCUUGCAUAAUCGCCCUUUCCGCAUAUGUAUUCCUAAUAGGCUUCCCUGAAGACGAUGAGUGGUCGUGGAAAUUCUUAAACAGAAAGGAGCGCGAGUUCAUCAUCCGCCGCGUCAACCGUGACAGGGGGGACGCUAUUAUCGAGCCCUUCUCUAUGCGCGCUUUCUUUGGAGCCGCUACGGACUGGAAGAUAUGGGUUUAUGCUUUCAUGUUCUUCUGCGUUACGACCGUGGGGUAUUCGAUUAAUUAUUUUCUCCCUAUUAUUUUCCUUGGCAUGGGAUUCAACGUCGCUCUAUCCCAAAUCCUCGUCGUGCCACCAUGGGCAUUCACAUUCAUAUUCAUGUACAUCCAAGCCUGGAUCAGCGACCGCUACCGUCUUCGCGCCCCCAUCAUCGCAUUCAACGCGAUAUUGGCCUGUAUCGGACUCGCGCUCAUGGCCUUCCAUCCAUCCCCCGGGGUCCGCUUCUUCGGUGUAUUCAUCGUCAUAGCAGGAGGUAGUGGGAACAUUCCUCCCGUACUAACUUACCAAGCCAACAAUAUCCGUGGGCAGUGGAAACGCGCGUUUUCCAGUGCUACACAGAUCGGGGCUGGAGGAAUAGGAGGAGUCGCGGGAGCGUUGGUAUUUAGGAGCCAGGACUCGCCGAGGUAUAUCCCGGGAAUUUACGCCUCGAUGGCGUGCAAUAUUUGCGUACUGAUCUGCGCCGCUGGUAUGUCGGUGCAUUUUUGGUACGCUAAUAAGAAAGCAAGGAGGGGCUUGGUUAUCUUGGAAGGAUUGGAAGGGUUCACGUACACACUUUGAGCUACCUAGGUAAGAAUGGGGAGCUGUCGAUAUCAACCUGCUGGCUGGGAUGGAGUAUAUUACACUACUAGGACAUAGGAAGUCUGCGCUGGUAUAUUUCACUGUUAAUACACGAGUAUUUAGAAUUCUGAAUCCAUUGACGCUUAAUAAAGUGAACCGUUCGAUUCGUUGGGGAUUGGAAAUAAAGCUUUAAUGAUAGGCGCGUAUAGUUUUCAUGACCACGGUUCGACGUGUUGAUCCGUCCGCUAACAUUCCCUUGAUCCAUUUUCAUGAUCGCUUCUCCGUCAUUCAUCGGUUUACCAUCCCAGUACUAGGAUAGUCCCAUCGCGCAUCCAUCAAUGGG